CAUGCUAUGCAUGCAUCAGCUUCGGUGUUGACAUUCGGCAUAGAUUUGUUGCAUUAAGGUUGACAGGAGUUUUGUCUUCUAUUAUUACGAUCAAUAUCAAUAGUACGAAAUGUCUUACAAAGUUCCGAAAGUGCAAAAGGUUAUGGUGCAACCCAUAAACCUAAUUUUCAGAUUUCUUCAAAACCGUUCAAGGGUUGAAGUGUGGCUCUAUGAAAAUGUUACCAUGAAAAUAGAGGGACACAUUGUAGGCUUCGAUGAGUACAUGAAUUUAGUUCUAGAUGAAGCAGAGGAGCAUUAUGUGAAAAGUGGCAAGAGGAAGAAGUUGGGAAGAAUCAUGCUGAAAGGAGAGAAUAUUUCGUUAAUUCAGAACGUCCAUCCGGAAGGUGUUUCAUUGAAUUAGUCUUGGACCAAGGCCUAGGCUUUCCACUUGAGCGCUAGCCUAGGCGAACAUUAAAUUCUAAACUCUUGUGUUAAAGUGUUCUUGUACAUUACACUUUUUGAUAUUGUGUUUCCAAUUUUCAGUGAAAAUACUGAAAAGGUAAACAGGCUACAAGUUGAAUUAUUUUCUUGUACAACUCUAUGUUGAUUUAGGGUAGCCUAUUUAUGUUCUUUCCACAAUUAAGUGAAAACAUAGGCGUAGGAUUUCUAAGUUUUUGCAAUAUAAAUUAUCUAAAAUUA